AUGGACUCAAAAUUUAUUAAGCAAGAAGUGAAUUGGGACGGGCAUUUGAGCGCUACCGGCUGCAACAACAACACGCUGCCUGGCGAUGUGUUCCCAGGUCUUCCCCCGCUUGCCCACCAUCCGAAUUCUCUGCUUGGCCCUCCUCAACCCAUCGAUUGGUCGCUUCCGUUUGGAUCGAUCAAAUUCCCUGUCUCAAAAAUCUCCUCAACGCCCUACAGUGAUGCGACGAAUUGCAAGAAAUCCUCGAAUCACAUCAAACGUCCAAUGAACGCGUUCAUGGUGUGGAGUCAAAUGGAGCGGCGCAAAAUUUGCGAACACCAACCCGAUAUGCACAAUGCGGAGAUAUCGAAACAGCUCGGCUCCCGAUGGAGACAGUUGACCGAAGAGGAGAAAUCGCCGUUUGUCGCCGAAGCUGAGCGACUCCGACAAAUGCAUAUGCAGGAGUACCCUGACUACAAAUAUAAACCACGAAAGAAGCCAAAGAAGAACCCGGACGGAUCCCUUCAACAACCACAACAAAGCUCUCAACCUCCGCCCAAUUCACACGGGAAAACGCCGAAAACCGCGCAGAAGAGACCCCUUGGCGGAAUGGGACUUGUGCAAGUUGGUGGCGAUCCAUUCCCAUCUGCGAAAGCGAUGAAGAUUGAGGGAAUGAGUGAUGGACAGGGAGCGGUGAUGCCAUUCAUGCUGAGACACGAUGAGAUAAAGAGUCCGCACGGGAAACAAGACUCUCGCUACUCGUGCUCAUUCCCAUCUCCAUCCGAAUUCGGUCAUCAACCGUUAACCCCCGAGUCGGGUUUCUACGAUGAUUACUACCCGAAUGCUCCUUUCCCGCUUCACGCAUCCACCCCACCGAAUCACAUCCAUCUACACAAUAUGGAACCACCAUUCGGUCGUGCACCGCCCGGUUUCUCCUUCAUGCCUCACUCGGCUCCUGUAAACAUUCGACCUCCACCACCGCACAAUGAUCAAGAAGACGUUCGAUCACUUUCCUCGGGCUCUUCAGGGUAUGGAUCGGUUCACGGAGGAGGGCCCUCGUCGAACGAAUCAGAUCCAGUGAUCGCUCCUGGCUCUUUCCCGCCUGAGGCUGAGAUGUUGCCGUCGAUCACCGAUUUCAGUUUUGCGCACGCAUUACGGAAUGGAUCUGGUCAAUCGUGGCCAAGCGAUCUAUGGACGUGUUUCGACAUGCCUCAA